AUGGAUACCACCAAGCUGCCCACCAUUAUCAUCGCCGACCCUCCCUUCCAUGAUCCCUCUAAUUGUGCAGAUCUAGUGAUCCGUACAGCAGACAAUGUCGACUUCUUCGUCCUCAAGGUACUCUUAUCAUUGGAUUCCCCUUCGUCUUUCUUCCGGCACGUGUUGCAGGCGAGCCAUCAUACAGAGGAACGAGAUAAUCUUCCUGUACUGGAGGUCAAAGAGGACAGCAGCAUAUUCAGGAUCCUCCUCUUCUUCUGCUACCCAUACAAAAUCCCCGAGAUAAGGGAUUUUAAGCAGUUCACCGACGUCGGAACAGCACUGGAGAAGUAUUGCAUCGACAACGCUUUUGAGCGAUUCAUCGAGGCCGUGUUGGCGUCUUCUGUGAUCAAAGAGCAGCCCGCACGGGUGUUCUCGGUGGCAGUCGGCAAUGGAUGGAAGAAGUUGGCCGAGACGGCAAUGAGGAACACACUUGCUAUACCUUUGGAGCCGGAAGUUGAGUUCGAAGAGUUCAGAAAUAUGAACGCCCUGCAACAUUUUCGUCUCCGGGAUUAUCACAGAAAAUGUGGAAAGGCUGUACAGGAUUUGAACAUAAAGGAAAAGGAGCAAUUUUCCACGAAUGCCAGCAUGGGGCAUGCCCAAUUCGUGUCAAUGGUGUCACAAGUCGAUGUCAUUUUCAAUCCUGACAGCAUCAAGGAACCUCUACUUCCAGAUAUCGCUCUGGAUGAGGAUAUCAUCCAACGGACCAUUGCAGCAAGUAUUUCAGAGUGCAGUAGCGACGAGUGGGCCGAAAUCGCGGCUAGCAAGGUUCGUCUGCUUGGGAAACUGCUGGCGAAGGAGAUCGAUGAACGUAUUUCAGCGGUACCUUUGAACAUGGAAUGGACGAAGUGA